AUGGCAAUAUCACGCGUCUGCCUGUCGGACGGUGCCAACUUCGACCUCGUCUUGUUCAAACCCCACGGAAACCUCGCUAUGGCUGAAAAGGAGGCGACUGUUUACAUUGUGGAUGUGGCAAGAUCCAUGGGUGAGUGCCGGAAUGGCCGCUCAAUCACGGAUCUUCAGUGGGCCAUGCAGUAUGUCUGGGACCGAAUCACCACAACAGUUGCAACGGGACGGAAAACUGCCACUGUGGGCGUGGUGGGACUCCGCACCGAUGGUACAUCGAAUGAGCUCGAGAGUGACCUCAACUUUUCGAACAUCUCGGUUCUUUUUGAGAUUGGACAGAUGCUCAUGCCGGAUAUUCGAAAGUUGCGAGAAUCAAUCAAACCCAGCCAGACGAAUAGAGGCGACGUCAUCUCGUCUAUUGUCAUUGCUAUUCAGAUGAUCAUCACCUACUGCAAGAAACUCAAAUACAAGCGCAAGAUCAUAUUGGUGACUAAUGGCACUGGGCUGGCGAACAACGAAGGCCUCGACCAGAUCCAGGAAAAGCUCAAGGAAGACAACAUUGAGCUGGUGGUUAUCGGAGCUGAUUUCGACGACCCCGAGUACGGAGUGAAAGAGGAGGACAAAGAUCCCAUCAAGGCUAGCAACGAAACCCUUCUCCGUGACUUUGUUGAGGGGUGCGAUGGUGUCUACGGAACCCUGGAGCAAGCCGUUGCAGAGCUGAAUAUUCCUCGUAUCAAAAUGACCAAGAGCCAGCCAUCUUUCAAAGGAUUUCUUCAACUCGGUAAUCCAAAUGAGUAUGAAACAGCCCUCCGCAUACCGGUCGAACGAUACUUCCGAACCUACGUUGCCAAGCCGCCGUCAGCAAGCUCGUUCGUCCUGCGCUCCGACACUGCACCGGGACAAGAAGAUUCUGGGACUUCAGCGACGGUGACGGCACCGGGAGAGUCUCAAGCACCUGGCGAAGGCGACACUCUUACCGUCGUACGAACAUCGCGAACUUAUCAGGUCAAGGACGAGUCUGCACCAGGAGGCAAGGUAGAUGUUGAACGAGAUGACCUCGCGAAAGGGUAUGAGUACGGACGGACAGCAGUGCACAUCAGUCAGACUGAUGAAAACAUCACCACCCUGGAGACAUUUGCGGGUCUAGAACUCGUUGGGUUUGUGCGGAGUGACAAAUAUGAUCGAUACCUGCACAUGUCCAACACCAAUCUGAUUAUCCCACAACGCGCCAACGACAAGGCCUCGCUGGCCUUGUCCUCUUUCAUCCACGCUUUAUUUGAAUUGGAGUCCUAUGCGGUCGCUCGAUUAGUGAUUAAAGAAGCCAAGCCCCCGCUAAUCGUGCUGCUGGCUCCUUCCAUUGAGCCCGACUACGAAUGUCUGGUCGAAGUUCAACUUCCUUAUGCCGAGGAUGUACGGUCAUAUCGGUUCCCGCCCUUGGACAAGGUGGUAACAAUCUCCGGCAAGGUGGUUACUGAACACCGCAAUCUCCCAAGUGACAGCUUGCAGGACUCAAUGAAUAAAUACGUUGACAGCAUGGAGCUGGAAUACAAGGACGAGGACGGAGAGCUCGUUUCUGGGCUUCCAAUUGAGGAGUCUUUCUCUCCACUGCUGCACCGGAUCGAGUCAGCCGUGCGUUACCGCGCCGUUUAUCCCAACGAACCAGUUCUCGAGCCAUCAGAACGACUCACAAAAUUCGCCCAUCCCUCAGCGGAGGUAGUCAAAAAAGCUCAGCAACACUUGGAUGCACUGAUCUCCACAGCCGAGGUCAAGAAAGUCCCCCCAAAGGCCAAAGGCCGCAAACGCCAACGCGAACCCGAAAAACCACUCUCAGGUCUGGACGUCGACGCCCUCCUCACCCAAGAACCCAAGCGCGCCAAGAUCUCCGCCGAAAACGCCAUCCCCGAAUUCAAGCAGAUGCUCUCGCACGCCGAGAGCGUCGACACGAUCCACGACGCCGUGCAGCAGAUGGCGGGGAUUGUCGAGUCGCAGAUCCGGCAUAGUCUCGGCGACGCCAACUACGACCGCGUCAUUGAGGCGCUGGGCACGAUACGCGAGGAGCUCGUUGAUUAUGAGGAGCCUGCGUCGUAUAAUGAUUUGCUGCGGCGCUUGAAAGAUAAGAUCUUGCGUGAGGAGUUCGGCGGCGAUCGGCGCGAGUUGUGGUGGCUUGUGCGGAAAAAUCGGCUCGGUCUUAUUGAUCGGGGGGUGUCGGAGCAGUCUGAGGUUCCGGAGGAUGAAGCGAAAGAG